GUCUUGAAUGGCACUUUAACCUAUACCGCACUUUAAUACUGUUAUAUUAAAACUAAAUACAAUGCCAGUUCGUCCUACGGAAAGUACCAUCACUUUACACAAAAUUCUACCCCGAUGUCCGGAACCAAUGUUUCCUCGAGAUUACGGGGGUGACCUUAUGUUGUAGCAACGAAGACAAAUGUCAGGAGCGUGGAAGGACAUUACGAGAAGUAAUCAUGUACAGAUUUUUAUUCCGGACUGUGUACACGGCUCGAAAUUCUUCAGUCAGUGUCUAUGAGGCGUGUGUGUUGCCAGCUAAAUGUGACAAGGCUGCUGCUCCAGUUUUUAGGUUUGCAAAUGGAGGUGGAGUCAAAGCCCUCAGCACGAGUUCGGUCCGGUCCUGUGAAAAGAAAAGCAAUGUCGCCCCCUCUAAUCAAGAUGAGAAAACAAAUGCAGGGAAAGAAGCUGAGCCAACAGAAACUCCAACUUUGGUUACACAGAAAGCUGAAGAUGACAGCAAAGUCAUCAAAAUGGACAAACAAAGAGAGGAGGAGCCAGUGGUGUUAAAGACAGAGGAGGGAAGUACCACUCAUCAGCAGGUGGAUGUUAAAAUUGAACAGGUCACAGCAAUACCUGAAAUAGUGAAGACUGAUUCAGCUAAGAGUGGAAAAGAGAGUCUCAUCGAUCUUCUUGGAACCAUGAAGGUGAAAGUAACUAAUAAAAGGCAGCCCAAAAACUUGAAAGUGAACCCAAGUUAUGAAUCUACACCCAAGUCAAAGCCAGCAGCUAUGGAGAGCACCAUCAGUAUGUUUCAGAAGGCGACAGUGGAGGCUUCAUCACCAAGUGAGACACUGGAUCCUGAACUGGUUGCAGCUGCGUCUGCUGCUGCCUCCACCCGGCCUGACCGCAGCCAGGCCGCGUCUGAGCUGCUCAAGCAGCUGAGGCAGCAAAAGGCCGUCACUGAGGCUCAGAAGAAAGGGGACAUGAACAACCUCGGAGUAAUCAUCGCUGACAUGAAGGUAGGAAAGAAUCCCAAUCGACACACCACUUGGCGGCAGAAUCAGGUCAAGUUUGACGAAGACGGGCCAGGAUACAGAAGGAAGGAGUUUAUCUCCGGGAAAAGACUUAAUAUCUUCUCUCCCACUACUAACGAAGAUGGAGUUGAAUCAACAGUUGUACGGCCAACUCUAUGGGACAUGGACUUUGCUAAUCAGUUGUCUCUGUCGAUCAACCAAACACCCCGCAACGGGCUUCAGGAAAUGAUCCAGUGGACCAAAGAGGGGAAAAUGUGGCAGUACCCAAUCAACAACGAAGCUGGACUUGAGGAGGAAGCCAGUGUCCCGUUCCAUGAGCAUGUCUUCUUAGACAAACACUUGGAGGAGGGUUUCCUCCGGCAGGGACCAGUGCGUCACUUCAUGGAGCUCGUGGUUGCCGGUCUGUCCAAAAACCCCUACCUGACAGUCCAACAGAAGAAGGAACACAUUUACUGGUUCAGAGACUAUUUCCACCAGAAUGAGGAAGUCCUCAACUGAGCUGAAGUCGAUAGCAUACGUUUUCAACAUGUGUUGAAACGGGACACGUAAAAGUAAGACCCGUUUACCUAAAGGGGCUUUGCACCUCUGAUCGUUCUCAUACUCCUUCAGGUUGGGUUUCUUAACUCCUUCAGGAGGCCUGUUGGAGUGGCAUCAAGUCUGUGUCCUGGUGGCAAACAUUGUACAGUAUCUUCUGUUUCAGACAUGUUGCUUUUUCAAGUGAUUGUACAAAGUAUAUAGACAAUAUCAAGCCACAAAGCUACAUGACCAUGGCUCAUUUAAUUGUUACCCACAUCUAAUGCACCACUGAUGAUUUACUCAACGUUUAUUUGCAUAAUCCAAUGCUAAUGCAGACAAUUCCCUGACCAUAAUAAAAGAUUUGGAUGAAAACCAUAUUUGUCCCAUAAAUUAUACAGUUAUAAUCCAAUGGUUGUUGUGAUACACAGGUGGUAUUGAGUGAUUUACAUAAAUGGUUGUGUUGAUUUAUUCUGAUUAACUUGAUUCUUCACAUUUGAUUAAAAUGUUUAGUUUUGUAUCAAGGCACGUUUGCAGAUUGGUUUGCAUUACAACAAACCAGUGGACUGUUUAAUUGGAUGGAUUGUUAAAGACCUUCACAUUCAAAGGAAACCAGUUGAUGAAAAUAUUUUUGUAAUUCCUUUUGUGUCAUAGGUCAUACAAACACCUUUGAUCGUGAUUGAUGGUGUUUUCCCAGGCAGGUUGUAAAACAAGUAUAUCCUAUGUGCAACAUCUAGGACCUCAGAUCAGGUUUACAGUAGGAGCGUAAUAAGACCUUGAACCUUGUGCCCUUUGCAAAGGAAGUGCUUUUAAAGUUAAAAAACAUGCUAACAAUGUACCGUACAGAUUCCAUCUGGUCUAAAAACACCCUCGGCAAUCUAUUGUCUGAGAAAGUGGAAAAUGAGAGCUUGACAGUUGAGAGUGCUUCGUUUCCACAUUUUGUUCACUUUUCCUUAAACACACGAUUGGCAUGAUAAGAGUUUGGCAACACUUCCCUACUCGUAUGUGUAUAAAGUACAAAAAAGUGUUUUUGUGUGGAAAGACACCUGGUUCUGUUAUUUGUUAUGCAAAUAACCCACUAGAUGGCACUACUGACAACUAUGGUCCAUAUAAGGUUAGGAUUUAAAACUUUUUUACAACAAAUCUUGGGACAAGAUAUAAAAAAGAAAUCUGAAAAAGCGACCCUGUGCAAUGCAGUAAAAUUUGAUUAAUUAACUAGUAUGAUAAAAUUGUAUGUGACCAACUUAUAAUUAAAGUAUCAAACAUUGUGAA